CUGACUGAGGUGGAGGUACCCCGCACUCAUGAAUUCGCUUCUCUGUUCCAGCCCAUUUGAGAGCCAGGCCCUCCUUUCUUCAAACCCGGCCGAAGCUGGACCCCGAGGCAGCAGAUUCGGAGCACACCGCUUAGAAGGUCGUUUCCCCAGACGUAAGUUACGAGGCAGAAAAAUGAGUCUCCUCAAGGAACGCAAACCGAAGAAACCUCACUACAUCCCCCGGCCGCCAGGCAAGCCCUUCAAAUACAAGUGUUUUCAGUGUCCCUUCACGUGCAACGAGAAGUCCCACCUCUUCAACCACAUGAAGUACGGGCUCUGUAAGAACUCCAUCACCUUGGUGUCUGAGCAGGACCGGGGCCCCAAAUGCUCCAAGUCCAACUCUUUGGAGCCGAAACAGACGAACCAAAUCGAAGCUCUGGUCAAGCCAACCGCUUCCAAGCCGACCCCCAACGGACUGUCGAGUCUGGAUUCCAAGCUUCCCCCGGGCUUUGCCAAAGAGGACUCCAAAGAGAACUUGGAAUUCCAAAAUCACAUGAGCAAGAAGGCCCCUGAGCAGAAGGCUGGCCCUCCAAAGGAAAUACCGCCCCCCGGGUCCGGGCCAGAAGGCACCAUCAGCGGCAGCAUCAUCCAGCCAGUCUUGGAAGGGGUAGUCCGCCCUUCGGCGUUUAUUCCUGUCGGAGAGCACAGGCUCAAGGGCCCGGAAGGCCACGACAUGUCCGAAAUGCUGUCGGCGUCCAACUCCGCUUCCAAAAGCUCGUCGUUUCACGCCAAGUCGGCGUUUCACACUCCCGGACACCCAUGGAAACCCGGCUCGACUUUUCUCCCUCCAGAGUUCCCGCCAAAGAUUCCCCCGGCCAAAGGCUUCGGCUCCAUCCCCCCUUACAUUCAGCCGAUGAUCCCAGAAUACCCGCCCCACUUCUACACGGAGCACGGACUGGCCACUCUUUAUUCGCCUUAUCUGCUUCCAGGGAACUCGCCGGAGUGUGAAAACUCACUACUCUCCGUUUACGGUGCCCCCGACCAAAGGCACUUUCUCCCUCAGCCCGGGCCUCUCCCUAAAACCUUAAAUCCGUCCCCAGCCACGUAUGAGCACUACAGGUUUUUCCAGCAGUAUCACUCUAAUCUCCCAUUGCCAUACGGAUUUUAUAGACCAACAGAGACUGCCUUUUCCUCCUACAGCCUCAAACUUCCUCACGUAGCCGGUAUCACCAGGGAGCAAAGUUCUCACCUGCUCGAGGAAACGACCUUGCUCUACCCGGUUUCUUCCAGCCCGUCCAGACCGCACCCCUUGGCCUCCCACAAGAGGCCAGCCGACUACGAGAAGGAAAACCCACUGCUCCCUGCCAAAGACCUUGCCAAGGACGAGCAAAAUGAAAGGGAAGGGGCCAAGAUGAGCCCGCGGGCAGGGACUGCGGCCACGGGCUCUCCAGGAAGACCCAGCCCCACCAACUUCCCUCAGACGAGCCACGCUUGUGAAGGGCUCUUUGAUCUCUCCAGUAAACCCUCUUCCGGCCCCCUUGGAAAGCCGCCUCAGGCUGAAGAAACCUUCGUGGUCUUCACGCCCCUGAGGAGGAGCGUGGAGCCCCCAAACUCAGAGAUGCAGCCGUGUAGAGAGGCCUCUCCUGAAAGCAUUAACGUCACUGACGAGGGUGGGUGCCUUGAGUCUGGAAGCCCCUCUGAUGUUCCCGAGGACUCCUCCUCGAACACAGAAGACGAGCCUGGGAUAACGCCGCUCAACCUUUCAAAGAAGCCGGCUGCCAGAGCUGGAGCCAUCCAGGACCGGGGGUAUAAAAGCUCCUCUCCCCUGGAGAGCCGGGACUUCAUGGUCCUGCAGGAUGUGCCCCUCAACCUCUCGGUGAGAGACUCCUGUAACUCCGCCAGGCUGCAGCACCCGCUCCACAGCCCGCCUCGAGAGGCCGAGGCAGCCGCUCAUCAAAAGGCCAGGGCCGGGAGCUGUGAAGCUGAGCACUGCCGCCCCCCAAGCCGCCCCCAGCAGAAUGGUGACUGUGGUGACCCCUCGCACCCGGCCCCUCCGUCCAAAGCCCAUGAUCUGAGGAUCGUGGACAGCACCGAUGACCAGAAGCAGACGGCGGCGGUGGCCUUGUGCCAGCUGGCCGCCUACAGCCCCGCCAAGGGGAGAGGUGAGAGUGAAGAGGCAGACUGUCGGGACCCCGCCUCUCAGAUGGGGGAACCCCCUGUCAGUUCCUCAGACCCUCCGGAGAGUCCGUGUCUCCCUAAACCAAAAGCCCCCAAAAGGACGAAUCAAAAAGAAGCGGCGAAAUCUCAGCCUGGGGCUAAGAAAGGGAAACCAAAUGACAGUGGCAGAGUGUUUACUCUAAGAAAGAGAACGCGGCUGUCUUAAUGCUGAACUUUGUCGGGAGCUGUCAGGAGGGCAAAAUCCAGUCAGCUUACCCACUAGGCCUCACCUUCCACGGCCUCGGCAAUUCUCCAGACCUGGCUUCCUUUGCUCUCUGGUUGGCCGGUUGUCUCGUGUGGCUUUCUGGGACUCCAGAAAGCGGCCCCUCGCUUUGAUGUUGUAAAUAGAAAGUGUUAAUAUUAAAGGUGCUUCUAAUUUUGUACUAGAUGUUUUAGAACGAGCUGUUUCCGCUGUGCAAAGCGUUUGCAUUCAAAACAGAAGCUGGUGAAAGUGUGUAAAGAUGGAUGUUUUAGGUGUAAACCAUGUGGUGGCCAUUAACAUAUAUGCCUUUACUACCACAUUGUUCGCUUCAGAAAGAAUUCACUGUUUCUAGUGGUUGUAAGAUACUGUGGACUUGAAUUUCAGAAUUUAUUAAAACUAGGUGUUCAUGUCUUGCAGAUGAUUUACUUUAGGUGUAGAGGGAAAAAAUCACCAUCAGCAAAAGAAGGAAAAAAAUAUAGACAUUUGUUUAAAAGCUUCUUUCUGUACUGAAUGUGAAAAGACUGGGAUUUGUUUUACUGGAGACAAUCCACAGAUAUAAAAAGGAUAUUUAUAUAAAUAAUUUAUUUCUCAAGGUAAAAGCAUCAUUGGUGAUGGCAUAAUUUUAGCAAUGUGAAUUGGGAACAUUUCUUUCGCUAUAAUGCUUCAGUGUUUUGCAGUGCCUUCCAUCUUGUUUUCUAAUUCCUCAGCCUGUCGGCCUGCACUUGCUCAUUUUUCAAGGAAAGUUGUGUACUCUACUUAUGGAUAUAUAAAAUGAUUACGUUGCGUA